CUUGGCUGACGCUUUAAGACGGACGCAUCCCCCGCUCCCCACCCAAAGAAUCUCUCUCUCUUUCCUUUCCCGACUCAUCCGCGCGACACUGAGAUUGCUGCAGCUCGCUCAGCUAGCUCUCUGUCACCUUCGUGCUAUAAACUUUCUUAAAAUGGCUGAUGGCCACGAAACUGAUAAGAAUAUUGAGAUUUGGAAGAUUAAGAAAUUAAUCAAGGCACUGGAAGCUGCAAGAGGUAAUGGCACAAGCAUGAUUUCUCUGAUCAUGCCACCCCGUGAUCAAAUUUCUCGAGUCACUAAAAUGUUGGGUGAUGAGUAUGGAACUGCCUCGAAUAUCAAAAGCAGAGUUAAUCGACAGUCUGUCUUGGCUGCCAUCACUUCUGCUCAGCAGAGGUUGAAGCUUUAUAGCAAGGUUCCUCCCAAUGGACUAGUUCUGUACACAGGUACCAUUGUUACUGAAGAUGGAAAAGAAAAGAAGGUCACAAUAGAUUUUGAGCCAUUCAAGCCGAUUAAUGCUUCACUGUAUCUCUGUGAUAACAAGUUUCAUACAGAGGCAUUGAAUGAGCUUUUGGAAUCUGAUGACAAAUUUGGUUUCAUAGUUAUGGAUGGAAAUGGAACUCUCUUUGGCACUUUAAGUGGCAAUACUCGUGAAGUGCUUCACAAGUUCACGGUUGAUCUUCCAAAGAAGCAUGGAAGAGGAGGGCAGUCAGCACUGCGAUUUGCCCGCCUCCGGAUGGAGAAGCGCCAUAAUUAUGUCCGCAAGACAGCUGAACUUGCCACACAAUUUUUUAUUAAUCCUGCUACCAGUCAGCCGAAUGUUUCUGGGUUGAUUUUGGCUGGUUCUGCUGAUUUCAAAACAGAGUUGAGCCAAUCUGAUAUGUUUGAUCCUCGUUUACAGGCUAAGAUUCUCAAUGUAGUUGAUGUCUCAUAUGGAGGUGAGAAUGGUUUCAAUCAGGCCAUCGAACUGUCCUCAGAGAUUCUUUCAAAUGUCAAGUUCAUACAGGAAAAGAAGUUGAUAGGAAAGUAUUUUGAGGAAAUAAGCCAAGACACUGGAAAAUAUGUCUUUGGGGUGGAUGAUACGCUGAAAGCUCUUGAAAUGGGUGCUGUUGAGACCCUGAUCGUGUGGGAAAAUUUGGAUAUUAACAGAUAUGUGCUAAAGCACGGUACUACUGGGGAAAUCAUUAUAAAGCAUUUGAACAAGGACCAAGAAACAGAUCAGAAGAACUUCCGAGAUCCUGAAACAUCUGCAGAUCUGGAAGUGCAGGAGAAGAUUUCUCUCUUGGAGUGGUUUGCAAAUGAGUACAGGCGAUUUGGUUGCUCGCUUGAGUUUGUUACCAACAAAUCUCAAGAGGGCUCUCAGUUUUGCAGGGGCUUUGGUGGCAUUGGUGGGAUCCUUCGCUACCAGCUGGACAUAAGGGCUUUUGAUGAUCUGUCAGAUGGAGAAUAUUAUGAAGAUUCUGAAUAGCAAUCAACCAACUUUGUAUUACAUUUGGUCCAGGAGGGUCCUGUGCUGGCCCUGCCUGCGACCGGGCAUGCUCCUCAGGGGCUGCCAAUGUCCUUGGAAAUCUAUGAUCGAGAGAGUCUGGGCCUUAAGCAUGAAGAAAAGAAGCAUAAUCAUCAGCAUUCAGAAGAGAAGAUUGCAGCAGUAGACUGCAUGGAAAAAUCCUCAUUGCCAGCAGAACUCUUCCUGCAACCAGUCUGCUGGUUUGUUCCCUUUGUGAUGCAUGGGCAGAAUAACAGAUUUACAGGAUUCAGGAUGGGAUCAUUCAUUUGUUGGCGUGAUAUAUGAUAUAGAAAAUUGAAGAUUGCUUAUCUGCCUGUUGCUGAGGCUUUGGUGGUUCGUUGCCUGCUGGUGCGUUAUUAGGUUGUCUAAUAGAAACAAUUACAUAUGAAGUGGCAUUCCUGCUGUGUAUUAUGCUGUUGUUUGCGUACCUACUGUUGUCUGGGUUUGAGGAGUUUCCUGAUUUUGUUUUCACUACAACUGGAACAAUUGCAGGUAGCUUGUGUUGGUAGAACCUGUUUAUUUAAUUAGUAUAUGUGCUGCUAUUGCAAGCUGUUUUGUUUGCA